UACGGGCCAUCAGCGUGAACCUCACUUCCUGAAACGGAUUUGGGGAGAUGAUGACACGAAUUUGCACUAUUUAAUUAUCCAUUUCAACGUUCACGUAAAUUCUCACUGGUUUGAUCUAUCAUAUAGCCUGGCGCACAAUUAUUUCAACGACUAAGCAAGAGCCAAAGUCAUACGUGGCGGCUUUUUAACGCUGAUCGGGGCCGACUAUGAGCGCCGACGAGAAGAACCCGGCCGCCACACCCACCGCCUGUUUGGACACCCAGGGAGACGGACGAUGGAUGUCGAUGCACAACCGCUUCCUGUCCGACAGCAAAGACAAAGAACCCGACGUCCUCUUCGUUGGUGACUUUCUGGUGCAGCACAUGCAUCAAUUUGGUGUGUGGCGACAACUCUUCUCGCCACUCCACGCCCUCAAUUUUGGAGUUGGCAGUGAUGCCACACAACACGUGCUCUGGAGACUGACCAACGGUGAACUGGACCACAUCAGCCCAAAGAUCGUUGUUUUGUGGGUGGGGACUCAAAACCACGGACACACCGCAGAGCAGAUCUGCGGCGGCAUCAUGGAAAUCGUCCAAGUGGUCAAGAACAAGCUGACGCACGCUCACACGCUCGUGCUGGGACUCCUGCCCAGAGGUAAGUCCCCAAACCCGCUACGUGAGCGCAACGCCGAGGUCAACCGGUUGGUGCGGGCAGCCGUCGCCGGCCUCGCUCACGCCUCCUUCCUGAACGUGGACCCGGGCUUCGUGCACUCCAACGGCAGCAUCUCCCACCAGGACAUGUACGAUUACCUUCACCUCAGUCCGCAGGCCUACCAGGCUGUGUGUGAGCCGCUGCAAACCCACCUCAAGUCCAUGCUAGACAGGUCUGCCGAGAACUGAGUAACACAUACACACAUGCGCACGUAUAGACGACUCGCACUGGUCCCUCAUACCCGCUAGCUUAGCAAGAAUGACAAAUAAUAUCGAUGACAACGCAUCGGUGGGUGACGUGGUUGUCAAUCACUGUUACAGGUAAUGGGACCAAAACACUUGAAAUGAAAAUAGUGAAAUAAUAAUUAUGAAAUAAAUGUGAAAUGCUGGAGAAGGAGACUAAUGCCCAGAUGAAGCUCCCACUCCUGUUUUUGUCCCGUGAUGACGCUCCUCCUCAGACUUUAUCCAUGUCCUUAAGCACUUUUUGCUGUUGUACUGUAGUUGAAAACAACAAACGCCACAAAUGUGUUUGUUGUGCAAGUCUUGUGUCGGGAGGCGCCGCUCCAAUUUGGCCUUCAGGAAAAUUCCAUUGCUUCAAUUUGCGAGCAGUGUAAGCUGAGAAGACAAAUUAAAGAAAGACAACAGCA